UCAUGCGCCAGCAUCAACAAUAAAUCACCCUCUUAAUUUAUCCAUUGCGGGAGUGCGAUACGACAAGACGACCGAGCCCUAUCAAGGUACGCAGCAGCGCAGCAACGCCGCACGCGUCCUGUGCCCAUAGAACUCGAGAUGCCUCCCGCCAAAAGAGUCAAGAGCAGCGCAGCUUCACGGUCCAAGGCUGCGAGUUCAGGUCGACCAACCGCUGACGACCUCGAGGGAGAGAACGAGUUUGCGACGCUUGCGCGGCAGCAUUGGUUGAAGACGCCGCGGCGGACAGCCAAGGUCAAGGUCAAGAACGAUGUGCUCAAGCGCGAAAUAUGGGAUGCCCUGGAGAAGGAGAAUUUCCCCCUCAAGUCAAUCCUGGUACUUGAGGGACUGCAAAUACUCGAGAGCUACUUGUGGCCGGGUUACGGGGAGAAUUCGUCCAACUACCAUGUCCUUCUGAUCGUCCUGAUAGUCAAUGCCAAGCGGAGGGAACGGCUAGACACUUGGGACAUCUUCGCCGACUGGCCCGCCGAGUUCUCAGAUCUGUUCCGCCGUGCUCUGUCCAUGACACUCGACGGCUCGCUGUCGUGCGCCAUCAGGACUCAUGUCCUUCAAUUCAUCAUUCACGCCUUCCAGAGUCUAGACUGUGCCAUCGUCCGCAAGGAGUGCGCUCCCCUCGUUUCCAUUUCCAUCUGGCACAACCUGUCAACAAGCGAGAAGCGCGACGCGAUUCUAGAUUCAAAUCAUCAUCUAAGGAAGGCCUGGAGGGCAUCUGCCAAGCGAUACGAUGCGGCUGACGACGCCGCGAAGGCACGGCUGCGCUUUGAGAGGUCCUGGCUAUAUAGUUCUAUUAUGGACUUCCUGGCCCUCUUAUAUUCCAGCAAUGCUAAGCAAGAACAUGUGCUCUACUGCGAACGCUUUGUCGAGUUUUUGAUUGAUCUCCAGAGCCAGCUACCCACUAGACGAUACGUCAACACGCUACUUCAGGACUUACAUCUCCUUCCCGCGCUGACACUGUCCCCAAUGUUUAAUGACGAGGCGAAUGGACUCCUGCGGGAUAUGACCGAUCUCCUUUCCCACUAUACUCACUUUACCGUUGACGACCAGACAGGCGCGCAGCUCAGCCGGACUGAAGCAUAUGACCGCCAUUGCGCCGCCCUGGCCAAGCUCCAGCGGACCGCCUUGAAGCAUUUCAAGGACAAACUGACAGUCUUGGCACUUUCGAACUACGGCUCAAUCGAUCAAAGGACUGAACUCGAAGGCCUGCUUCAAGCAUUGACCGAUGAGGAGCUCGAGCACCUCUCUGCGCUACUCGGCCUUCGGACAGCCUACCCGGAGUCUGCCAAGGUACCGGUUGACCGCAGGUUCUUUAUGGAGGUCCUCUUGUCCACCUUUGAACGGCGGAAGACGUUCCAGGACGCUGUGCGCGACUUGAGCAUUCUCCCUACCGAGGAAACGCUCUUUGAGGUGGGACUUAGGAGGGCUGACCAUUACGACGGCUCUCGCCCCUUGGCCCUUCCCAAGCUUAACCUACAGUACCUGUCCGUCGGCGACUUUCUUUGGCGGUCUAUGGUUCUGUACCGCUGCGAGUCCUUUUAUGCUAUUCGCCAAGAUAUCGAGGAUGUAUUGGCUAGGCUAAAACCUGAGAGCCGGCGGGUAGGCCAAACGACCUUUUCGGGCUUUUCAAGGAUGGCUUUGCCGAUCGCGAAACCGACCAUACUCGAAGUUGUCCCCCCGCUAGUGGGGGACGACAAGCCGUCCACUGUGCGGGCCGAGGUGACGAUUGACUUGGGGAGGUUAUCGCCCCACGUCCGCAGAGAGUGGGAGUCUCUUCGCCCCGACGACGUGCUUUUUCUCCUCUCUGUGGAUGCGUCCAAAUCGAAACAAACCGUCAAUGGCGGCGGUUCGCCUUCAGAGGCCGAAAAGCUGGGCUUAGUCACGGUCCGCGCUGCAGAGGUCAUCCAGGUUCUCGACGACAAGGGGCGGGCGAUCCGGGACGCUCAAGCUUAUUUCGAGGGGCACGCCCGCAGUGAUUCCAGGAAAAUCCAGCUCCGGCUGGACGCAGAAGCUUACAAAGAGGAUACCCAAAACAAGCGCAAUGUGUACGACGGUAUCAACCUUCUGCUUCGGAGAAGCGGCCGGGAGAACAAUUUCAAGCCGGUGCUGGAAUCGAUCCGAGACCUUGCUCUCUCCGACGUCCCUCUUGCGUCCUGGAUGCACGAGGUAUUCCUGGGAUACGGCGAUCCUGCCGGUGCCACGUACAAACAUUUGUCCAACCGGCUGAAGAAGAUAAACUUUCGUGAUACUUUCCUGGACUGGCAGCAUCUUAUUGAGAGCCUACCGGGCAAAAUUAUCGAGCCUAGCGACGACGCGUCUGGGAGCUUCGGCCCCCCCUAUGUGCUCGAGACCGUUGAUAAACCGGCCGAGGAUGCUGUCUCCAAGCCAUCCAAGAAAAGAAGGAGGGAUGCCGAGCCGGCUCUUAUCGCGGAAAUUGAGACGGUGAAGGUCUCCACGUACAAGCCGCCAAACAACGGGCCUUACCCGGUCGAUGCGCCAAAACUGAACACAGUUCGCUUCACGCCGACACAGAUUGAAGCCAUCGUCUCUGGCACACAACCUGGACUGACAGUCAUAGUCGGGCCGCCCGGAACGGGCAAGACGGAUGUCGCCACUCAGGUCAUCAAUAACAUAUACCACAACUUUCCGGAGCAGAAGACGUUGCUUAUUGCCCACAGCAAUCAGGCUCUGAACCAGCUCUUCGCAAAGAUUGUGGCACUAGAUAUCGAUGAGCGCCAUCUUCUCCGGUUGGGCCAUGGCGAAGAGGAGUUGGAGACUGAGGGGAGCUUCAGCAAGCACGGCAGAGUCGAGUCGUUUCUAGAGAAUCGGCAGCGCUUUUUAUACGAAGUAAACCGUCUCGCUGCUAGCAUGGGUGCGCCGGGCGCUCACGGCAACUCCGCUGAGACGGCUGGUUAUUUCAACUCGGUCUACGUGGAGCCCGCAUGGGCAAAGUUCAGUGAUGUCGUCAAGGCAGAAGAUGUCUCAGUUGAAGAAAUCGUCAGGGCAUUCCCUUUCCACACCUACUUCGCAGAUGCUCCCCAACCCCUUUUUCCUCCCGAUGCGGACCGUGAGACUGUCCUGGAGAUUGCCAACGGCUGCUAUCGGCACAUCUCGAAGAUCUUCUCUGAGCUGGCCGACGUCCUACCGUUCGAGAUUCUGCGCCGCGACAGGGACAAGGCCAACUAUCUGCUUACAAACGAAGCUCGGAUCAUCGCCAUGACGUCGACACACGCAGCGAUGAAGAGGGGAGAGAUAGCCUCAUUGGGCUUCCACUACGACAACGUCGUCAUGGAAGAGGCCGCGCAGAUUACCGAGAUUGAGAACUUCAUUCCGCUUGCCAUGCAGAAACCCAAGGACGGGCAGAUGCCCCUACAACGGAUCGUCCUUUGUGGCGACCACUACCAAAACUCGCCUGUCAUCCAAGGGCUGGCGUUCCGACACUAUGCCAACCUGGAACAGUCGCUCUUUUCUCGGCUUGUCCGCUUAGGCGUCCCAACCAUCAAUCUCGACCAACAAGGCCGCGCCCGGCCUUCCAUCUCGAAUCUGUACCGGUGGCGGUACCCCAAGCUCGGGGAUUUGCCGCACACGCAGACCCACGAGGAGUUCCUGACGGCGAACGCCGGCUUCAGGUACGACUACCAGUUCAUCAACGUGCCGGACUACAGGGGCAAGGGCGAGACGGAGCCGACGCCGCACUUUAUCCAGAACCUCGGCGAAGCCGAGUACGCCGUGGCCAUCUACCAGUACAUGCGGCUCUUGGGUUACCCGGCCGAGAAAAUCAGCAUCCUGGCGACGUAUGCCGGCCAGAGAGCGCUCAUCAAGGACGUCCUGGCGCACCGUUGCGCGAAGAACCCCGUCUUUGGCCUUCCGCGCAUCGUCACCACCGUCGACAAGUAUCAGGGCGAGCAAAACGACUACAUCAUCCUCUCCCUGACGCGCACGUCCCGCGUGGGCUAUCUCCGCGAUAUUCGGCGGCUUACUGUAGCGCUGUCGCGCGCGCGGCUGGGACUGUACGUCCUCGGCAGGCGCAGCGUCUUUGAAGCGUGCUACGAGCUGCGCGAGGCGUUUGAGCUGCUGCUCAAGAGGCCAGACAAGCUUGUCCUGGUCACGGGCGAGCUCUGGCCGUCGCGGCGUCGGGUUUCGCAACAACAACAACAACAGGUGAAGAAGGCUGAUCAAGGUCAAGAAGAAGCAAAUGAUGAGGGUGAUGAUGCUCCUGAUGAUGGACAUAAAAAUGAUGAUGGUGAUGAUGAUGAUGAUGGGGUUGGUGGUGAUAGUGGCCUUCAGGUUGUUGUCAUGGAAGGGGUUGAGCACCUGGGCCAGUACGUCUUUGAGAUGACGCGUACCAGAAUUGCGCAGCUCAGGGCUGAAAGGGGAUUGUCUGGGCCCGAGGCGGAGAUGGUGCCUGUUCUGGACAGGGUUGUUGAAAAUGGAGAAGAAGGGGGGGAAGGUGAAGGGGAUGCUGAGGGGGAUGCUGAGGGGGAGCAGGAUGACGGGGAGGAGGAGGGCAUGGCUGCGGCGGAGGAAGAGGAAGAGGGUGGUGGUGAGAGGGUUAGACCGGAGGGGUUUGAGGCCGAGGAGGAGGAAUAGUGGAGGUGCGAGACGUACGAGUUGUCCUAUACUAUGAGUGGUAUGUUGACGAACUAACCGAGUGAGAGGUUAUUAUUCGGGCGUCGCAGGGAAUCCCGUUCCAGGCAUGGACUGGAUUCGUUGGGUCCCUUGGGUGGGUUGGUAGUGGAUGACCGACUGCCGGGCUUGAGCUGGAUGUUGACGCUACUUGACUUGCCUAUCUAAAAUUUCAGUUGCCAUGGUUGUGAAGAGUGUGUCAAUAUGUACAGGGAAAAAGGGCGUGGUGAGGUUCAGGUAGUUGGCAUUCCCCCUGAUUCUAAGAUCCCACAGUCUGCCGUUGUAGGAGGUGCGGGUAGGGCAGCGUGUGCCCACCAUCGCAAUGUGCC